GCAAUUAGAGUAAGUUGGAUAGGGGCUUGUUUCCAACUUAACCUCUCCAAUUGGUUUCUAUUCUUUCUCCCCACUCUCUUUUUACUAGCUCCCCUCCCCAAAACCUUCUCCACCAGCCCCCCAACCUCUGAAGACCUCUAUUCAUGUGGCCCUGAACAUUGAGCUCACAUUGGCAAAAACAGAUUUGCUGGUAAUAGACAACAAUAUCCUCCUUCCACCUCACCGCCCUAAAGGCAGCAAUCCUUGUGUCCAGGAACAUGGGGGACACAGCGCCCCCACAGGCCCCUGCCGGAGGGCUAGGAGGGGCCCCCGGGGCGGGACUCCUUGGAGGGGGCUCAGUCACCCCUAGAGUGCACAGUGCCAUUGUGGAACGCCUCCGGGCUCGGAUAGCCGUCUGCCGCCAGCAUCACCGGAGUUGUGAAGGACGCUAUGAACGGGGUCGGGCCGAGAGCUCAGACCGGGAACGGGAGAGCACCUUGCAGCUCCUGAGCCUUGUCCAGCAUGGCCAGGGAGCAAGGAAGGCUGGCAAACACACUAAGGCCACCACCACUGCUGCCACCACCACAGCCCCUCCACCGCCCCCUGCUGCCCCACCUCCAGCUUCUCAAGCAGCAGCAACAGCAGCGCCACAGCCCCCACCAGACUACCACCAUCACCACCUGCUGAACAGUAGCAAUAAUGGUGGCGGUGGUGGGAUCAACGGAGAGCAACAGCCACCGGCUUCAACCUCGGGGGACCAGAGGAACUCCGCCCUGAUUGCGCUCCAAGGUUCCCUGAAAAGAAAACAAGUAGUCAAUCUGUCUCCUGCUAACAGCAAGAGGCCCAAUGGCUUUGUGGACAGCUCGUUCCUAGAUCUCAAGAGAAUUCGUGUCGGGGAGAAUCUCUCCGCAGGACAAGGCGGCCUCCAAGUAAAUAAUGGACAAAGUCAGAUUAUGUCCGGGACCUUGCCGAUGAGUCAAGCACCCCUGAGAAAGACAGCCGCUCUGCCACACAACGCGCACUCCCCGGGCAAUGGCAUGUUUAGCAUGGGCUUAAAGGAAGUGAAGAAGGAGCCGGGAGAGACUCUGUCCUGCAGUAAGCACCUGGAAGGCCAGAUGACCGCAGAGAACCUUUUUCCUCCGAGGUACGGAGAUGACUCUGGAGAGCAGCUGAUGGAUCCUGAGCUGCAGGAGCUCUUCAAUGAGCUGACCAACAUCUCGGUGCCGCCCAUGAGUGACCUGGAGCUGGAGAACAUGAUCAACGCCACCAUCAAGCAGGAUGACCCCUUUAACAUUGACUUGGGUCAGCAGAGCCAGAGGAGCACGCCGCGGCCCGCCCUGCCGAUGGAGAAGAUCGUGAUCAAGAGCGAGUACUCCCCUGGCCUGGCACAGGGCCCCGCAGGCUCUCCUCAACUGCGGCCCCCAUCCGCGGGCCCUGCCUUCUCCAUGGCCAACUCUGCCCUCUCUACUUCAUCUCCAAUCCCAUCUGUCUCCCAGAACCCGGCCCAGCCUCAGCCAGCCUCAGGAGCCAGCCGAGCUCUGCCUAGCUGGCAGGAAGUAUCCCAUGCACAGCAGCUCAAACAGAUAGCUGCCAACCGUCAGCAACAUGCCCGGAUGCAGCAGCAGCAGCACCAACAGCAGCACCAGCCUACCAACUGGUCAGCCUUGCCAUCUUCUGCUGGGCCAUCGCCAGGUCCAUUUGGGCAAGAAAAACUCCCUAGUCCUUCUUUUGCUCAGCAGCCAUUCAGCCCCCAGAGCUCCCCUCUGGCUGGGGUAGCAGGCAGCAGCAGCCAGUCCAAAGUCAUGGCGAACUACGUGUACAAGGCCAGCCCCUCAGCGCCGAGCGGGCACCUGGAUGUGCUAAUGCAGCAAAAGCCUCAGGAUCUCAGUCGAGGUUUUAUGAACAACCCACAUUCUGCCAUGGAAGCCCGACUCAGCAACACCAAGCCUCUGUUCCAUUUUAACUCCGACCAAGCAAACCAGCAGAUGCCUUCUGUUUUGCCUCCACAGAGCAAGCCUUCCCUCCUACACUACACUCAGCAGCAGCAGCAGCAGCAGCAGCAGCAGCAACAGCAGCAGCAGCAGAGCUCAAUUUCAAGUCCUUUUCAUAGCUGCUUCCCAGAAAAGAAUGCCACAGCUCCACCAACUGUGUCCACGCUGACCUUUGUUCGAGAUGUGAGCCAAGGGAAACUUGGGCUCAACAAGAACUCAAUAGCUAUGUUCCAAGGAAAUUCUUAA